CAAAUGAACCGUCAAACGACGUCGUAUUAACCUUAAUUUGAACUCAAAGUGCAUAGCGAGGGAGAGAGAGAUCUAGGAGUGAAAAAAUGGACAGAGGAAAGAUCCAAGAGGUGAUCGAGAAUCAAGUGCUCACGGUGGCGCAAGCCGUCGAGGAUAAGAUCGACGAAGAGAUCGCCGCCCUUGAACGUCUCGACGAUGACGAUCUUGAAGCCUUAAGAGAACGGAGGCUGCAACAAAUGAAGAAAAUGGCGGAGAAGCGCAGCCGUUGGAUCUCCCUCGGACACGGAGAUUACACUGAGAUUCCGUCAGAGAAAGACUUCUUCUCCGUUGUCAAAGCCAGUGAACGUGUUGUUUGUCAUUUCUUCCGCGAAAAUUGGCCCUGCAAGGUUGUGGACAAGCAUUUAAGUAUUUUGGCUAAGCAGCAUAUUGAGACUCGGUUUGUGAAAAUAAAUGCUGAAAAAAGUCCAUUUUUAGCUGAGAAGCUCAAGAUUAUCGUUCUCCCUACUAUUGCCCUCAUAAAGAAUACCAAAGUGGAUGAUUAUGUGGUAGGUUUUGAUGAACUUGGUGGUACUGAUGACUUCAGCACCGAGGUUUUGGAAGAAAGAUUGGCUAAAGCUCAAGUCAUCUUUUUGGAAGGUGAAUCGUCAAUACACCGUGCAAGGUCCGGGGCGCAAACCAAAAGAAGUGUUCGGCAGAGCACAACGGCAGACUCCUCAGAUUCUGAGUAACUUGUAUUUCCUGUUGAGUUUCAUUUAUAUUGCCCUCCUGAAAGACGAGAGCUCAGAUCACUGCCUAAAUUUUGUUUUUGUUGGCCGUUUGUGUGUCUUUCUAAAUUUAGUUUGGUUGGCCACUUGUGUGUCUUGUAAGUUUCUAUCGUAGUUUAUAGAUCCAGUCUAGUUUGGAUUAUCGUGAUGUUUGUACCAAUGAUACUAAUCACUAUAAGUAAUACUAAGAGUUUUGAGAUAGACACACGUAGCCUUUAAUUUGUUUGUCCUUUGCAAAUGUGCUAAUACCAAGAAUUACUUUUAGGCAGUA